AGAAGUAGAAGUAAUAGAAGUAAUAAUGUAAUAGAGUAUUAUAGUAAUAUGAGAUGGUUUAAAGUAGAGUAGGUAUUAGCUAGUUACAUAAUCCCUUAGCUAACCUCUGUCUUUUCGCUACGUGUCUUUGCUCCAGUAUGGGAAUGGCUCUGAACUUGUUGAUGAAUACCCAAAAUCCUUCCAGAUGGCGGCACCCCUCCGAAAACUAUAAAUACUCACCACAUUCCACAAGCCAUCAUCAUCCCAGAGCGCUUACCUCUUGCACACCCAUGUAAUAGAACUAUCAUUACUAUUAUUACUACCCAAUUACAAUAUGACAAUCAACAACUUGACUGCUUCACCUCCUCCAGAUAUUAGCGCCCUAUCAAUCACUUCUUUGAAAUCUGGUUACAAGAACUUACCUUUCAUUGGUAAAGAGACUCAAUUUGAAAAAGUUCUGGAUCUCAUUGAUAAAUUUGGUUUCAUUCCUGAAAAUUUGAUCGAAUCUGAAGCUAAAUGGUUUUAUGAAAGUUUAGGUAUUGAUGAUGUUUAUUUUGAAAGAGAAUCUGCUGAAGGUAUUGUUAGUCAUAUCCAUGCAUUAUAUUCUGCUAAAUUAGAUGCUUUUGCUAGAAAUGAUUUAGAUUCUCCAUUUAUUCAUCACAAGAGGGAAAAUCAAGAUCAUGCUGUUUAUUUUGAUACUUCAAUACCUGGUACUGAUCAAUUCAAAUUAACAAAUUAUGAAAAAAGAAUUGAUGAAAAUUAUUUGGAUCAAUUGGACAAGUCCUAUAGAGUGGAAAGUUUCAAUGCUCCUUUGGUUUUAAACAAUUCUCAAUUUGAUACAAAUGGUAGCUCAUCAACUGUCACCAAGACUGUUCGUGCUCAUUUUGUUUAUGAAAACACUUUUCAACAUGAUUCAAUUUAUGAUCAAACUUUUUUGAAAAUCAUUAGUCCAAACACUAAACAAUUAUACGAUGAAAUAAUUGAACAAGCUUUAAAACAAACUGGUCCAUUGAUUAAACAUUUCCCUGUGGAAAAUUCUGAUGAACAUCGUAUAAUUAUUGGUUAUCAAAAAAAUUCAACAAAGAAAUAUUUCAGUGCUCUUUCUGCCCUAAUCAAUUACUACAAAUUGGAUCAAUCAAGAAAAUAUGUUGAAAAUUUCUCAAAUGGUGUUACAAUUAUUUCAAUUUAUUUGAAACCAACUUUGGAAACUAAUCCAUUAUCAAUUUAUCAAUUGAUUAAAGAGGCAAGUUUAUUAUAUACAAUUCCUCAUGGGGUUUUCUAUGAAAGUUUUGCUUCAAAUGAAUUUUCUUUACAAGAAUCAGUUUAUGCUCAUACUGGUGUCAUCUUUGUUACUCAUUUCUUGAAUAGAUUAGGUCCUGAAUAUCAAUCAUUAUUGAAAUUACUAGAUCCAAAACAAUCUCACCAAGUUGCAGAAUUAUUAUCAAGUUUAAAGAAAAGAUUAAGAUCUGAAACUUUUACUCAAUCUUUUAUCUUUGAAGUUUUCAACAGAUAUAAAUCAAUCAUUAGUCAAUUAUUUAGAUCUUUUGCUGAUGUUCAUUAUAUCAAAUCAAAUUUGGAGAAAACUUUAUCAUACCAAAGAUUAUCUCAAAUUCCACCAAUUAAGAAUGAAGAUGAAUUUAAUCAAUUAUUAUUGAAAAACGUUUUCAAUGAGAAUGAUGCUUUAGUUUUACGUGCUUUAUUCAUCUUCAACAAAUCAAUCUUGAAAACAAAUUUCUUUACACCAACUAAAGUGGCAAUUUCAUUUAGACUAGAUCCAUCAUUUUUACCAAAAUUUGAAUAUCCAGAAUUACCUUAUGGUUUAUUCUUUGUUGUUGGUUCUGAUUUUAGAGGAUUCCAUAUUAGAUUUAGAGAUAUCGCUAGAGGUGGUAUUAGAGUUGUUAGAUCAAGAUCCUUAGAUGCUUAUGAAGUUAAUGUUCGUAAUUUAUUUGAUGAAAAUUACAAUUUGGCAUCCACUCAACAAAGAAAAAAUAAAGAUAUCCCAGAAGGUGGUUCAAAAGGUGUAAUUUUAUUAGAUUUAGAUGCUCAAGAAAACCCAAGAUCAGGAUUUGAAAAAUAUGUUGAUUCUUUAAUUGAUUUGUUAAUUAAAAAUGAUAUCCCAGGUAUUAAGGAACCAAUUGUGGAUCUUUAUGGAAAACCUGAAAUUUUAUUCUUGGGUCCAGAUGAAGGUACUGCUGGUUUUACAGAUUGGGCAACUUUACAUGCCAAAAAAAGAGGUGCUAUAUGGUGGAAAUCUUUCUUAACUGGUAAAUCUCCUCAAUUGGGUGGUAUUCCUCAUGAUGAAUAUGGUAUGACUUCAUUAUCUGUUAGAUCUUAUGUUCAAAAAAUCUAUGAAACUUAUAAUUUACAAUCUACUCCAAUUCAAAAAUUCCAAACUGGUGGUCCAGAUGGUGAUUUAGGUUCAAAUGAAAUCUUGUUAUCCACUCCAAAUGAACAAUAUGUUGGUAUUGUUGAUGGUUCUGGUGUUAUUGGUGAUCCAAAUGGUUUAAACAAGGAUGAAUUGAAAAGAUUAGCCAAGGAAAGAAAAAUGAUUAACAAUUUCGAUAAAUCAUUGUUAUCAAAAGAUGGUUUUAUUGUCUUGGUUGAUGAUAAAGAUGUUCAGUUACCAAAUGGUGAAGUUAUUAACAAUGGUGUUUAUUUCAGAAACUUGUUCCAUUUGAAUUUGAAGAAAUAUUUUGGUCAUGUUGAUUUAUUUGUUCCAUGUGGUGGUAGACCAGCAGCUAUUGAUAUUGAUAAUAUCAACAAUUUGAUUGAUGAAAAUGGAAAGUCUGUUAUUUCUUAUAUUGUGGAGGGUGCUAAUUUAUUCAUUACUCAAAAUGCUAAAAUUGAAUUCGAAAAAGCUGGUGCAGUUGUUUUCAAAGAUGCUUCAACUAAUAAAGGUGGUGUUACUUCAUCUUCAUUAGAAGUUUUAGCUUCAUUAGUCUUGAAUGAUGAACAAUUUUUAUCAAAAUUCAAAAAUGGUACUGAUUUCUAUAGAGAAUAUGUUCAACAAGUUCAAAAAACUAUUGUUUCAAAUGCUGAAAAAGAAGCUGCUUCUUUAUUGAAAUAUAAAGCAAAGACUGGUUUAUCAUUACCUGAAGCUUCAGAUAGUUUAUCAAAUGAAAUUAAUAAAUUGUCAGAUUUGAUUGCACAAAGUGAUGAUUUAUGGAAUGAUUUGAACUUAAGAAAGACUAUUUUCACUCAAUCAAUUCCAAGCUUAUUAUUACAAGAGGCUGGUUCAGUUGAUGAAGUAUUGAAAAGAUUACCAGAUGCUUAUUCAAGAUCUUUGUUUGCAACUGCUAUCUCAACUAGAUAUAUUUAUGAAGAUCAUGAUCCUCAAAAUGUUAUUGAAUUGUUACAAUUCUUGAAGAAAUUAGGUUCUUCAGCCUGAAUAUGAAGUUUGUUUAUAAAAAAAAGUUUAAUUAAUGUGAUUUGUUUUUGGUUUUAGAACUCUCUGUAGUCUACAAAAUUUUUCAACAAACCAGUGUUUCUUAUUAUAAAGUUUAAUUAAAGAUCUAUACCUUCUCACAUCAACAAAGCAGCAGCAGCGGCAAGAAUAGCAGCACCACUCAAACCAACCUUAUUACCCAAAUUAUCAGUAGCAGUGGAAACAUGAACAGAUGAAGUUGUUGAAUUAUCACUUGAAUUUGAAGCACCUUUCUCAGCCAAUUCAAUAUUAGCACAUGCAAUUCUUGAAGUAUUUGCAAAAUGAACAGUGAUUGAUCUUUUACCAUCAGCGAAAUAAUAAGGACUUUUAGAAUUCAAUGAAAUAAAAGGUUCAACAUAAGAUAAUUUAGCCUCAGUAGAAUCG